UUAGGUGACACUGCGUCGUUGCCCUGCGACGGGCCAUGACGCACGACACCCUCCUCAUGGCUCGUCACCCCAGCACCAGCUUCUAUUCAGAUACUUCCAGCCACCCCCGCCCCGUAUAUAUACCCCGCCGUCGCGACGUCCCCAUUCCCACCUUUCCCCCGCACCAUUCACACAUCCCCACCCCUUCUCAAGCCUCCAAUCAUGUCCCACGUCGUCGUUCGCUCUGUCCCCUUCUCCACCCGCCUCUCCGUAGGCUCUGCGAAGGAACUCGUCGCCCGCGACAAGGCCCGCGCCCAGAAGCUCCUUGCCGGCGUCCGGCCCCAUGGCCCCCUCGCGUUCCACGAGGAACACCGUCAACGUGAGCAUAAACGCCAUGAUCACCACGAGCGUCGUGAACAUCGACAUGAAGAAGCAGGUUCUGCCGCCCGCCACCACCACCACAGUGGUGGAUCCACCGGUACUGGCACUGGUGCAGGCACCGGCACCGGCUCAAGCGGCACUUCUCCCUCUUCGGGCGGUGUCGGUGUCGAUGUCACCGACGCAGGCGUCACCUACACCGCGAGCGUCGGCGUCGGUUCCCCCGCGACGAACUACACGCUCCUUAUUGACACGGGCUCUUCAAACACCUGGGUAGGUGCCUCUGCGCAGUACACCCAGACGAGCACGAGCAAGAGCACCGGCAACACUGUGAACGUGAGCUACGGCUCCGGCUCGUUCUCGGGCACUGAGUACACCGACACGGUCACCGUCGGCACUGGUCUCACCAUCCAGAACCAGUCAAUCGGCGUAGCUUCCACGGCUCAGGGCUUCCAGGGCGUCGACGGAAUCCUCGGUAUCGGUCCCGUCGACCUGACUAACAGCACUGUGUCGAACACCACCACUGUGCCUACCGUCACGGACAAUCUCUAUGCUCAGGGCACGAUCCCGACCGAGUCGAUCGGCAUCUCCUAUGUCCCCACCACCACGAACAACGCUGCUAAUGGCGAGCUGACGUUCGGCAACGUUGACAGCACCAAGUACACUGGUGACAUCACGUACACGCCGAUCACGACCACGUCGCCAGCGUCGAACUACUGGGGUAUCAACCAAGAUGUCACCUAUGGCCAGAACGGCACGUCCCUCCUGUCGGGCAAUGGUGGCAUUGUCGACACUGGUACUACGCUCCUUCUGAUCGCCACCGACGCCUUCCAGAAGUAUCAGAAGGCGACUGGUGCUACGAUGGACAGCACGACCGGCCUGCUGAGCAUCACCGAGGCACAGUACAACAACCUCCAGUCGCUGUACUUCACCAUCGGUAGUACCACGUUCGAGUUCACGCCCAACGCACAGAUCUGGCCGCGCAGCCUGAACUCGACGCUCGGCGGCGAGUCGGGCAAGAUCUACCUCGUCACCAGUGACCUCGGCAGCAACAGCGGGCAGGGACUCGACUUCAUCAACGGCUUCGCGUGGCUCCAGCGCUUCUACUCGGUCUUUGACACGACCAACAAGCAGGUCGGCAUCGCCAACACGCAGUACACGGACGCCACCACCAACUGACUCUCUACUGGCUCGGGCUCGGGCGCGCCUGCUACGAGCGGCGGCGCGAGCCAGAGCCCUGGUAAGAAGAGUGGUGGUAUCGGAAGGAUCGUGAGGAAGGCGCUGUGCAUGGAGUAGCGUGUAGGCUAAAGUAACGCGGACUCUCGGAUGGAUGAACGAAGGAUACCGAUGUACCACUUGUACUGUUUGUACGUUGUACGAA